UUACAUUCCCUUCUUCAUCAACAUACCUCUCGGAUCUCCAACUUUCUCACUCUAAACAUUCCGGAAGAACAAAGAGAGAUUUAGAGAGAGAAACCGAAAUGGGAGACUGUAAGCGAAAUGCAACCAUUUCUAUGAUGGAAACUUCACCCACCGCGCUGGCCAUGGCGUCCAAGAGAAGGAAAUUUAUUAGCUCCAACCAGCAGCUUAGACUACACUCCUCAUCUACCACAAUUGAUGAGCUCGGAAACCGUACUUUGACCGUGAACUCUUCGCCAACUAAGCUCGACAAUGUGGUGGCAAUCUCCAACACCGGAGAUACAACCUGCUCCAUCUUUUCAAAGGAUUGGUCGUCGCCGCUGGCGUCUUGCUGCUCCAGCAAUGAAUCGAGCGACAAUGUCGUCAACGACAGCAGCUUGCGAAUUGUAGAUUUGCAGGAUGAAGUAGUCAAGAGUUUUGAAACCGCACACUCUAUCUCUAUUAACAACAACAGGAACAAAUUCAGGGAAACGACGCCGUCAAGCGAACUGUGUGGAGAUUCAGAGAAAAAGGAAGCGUCAGCUGCGAGUAACAGGAGAAGGCCACCGUUGGGCAUGGCUCCUCCGAGAAACGAGAUCGAGGAAUUCUUCGCCAUAGCCGAGAAGACUGAGCAAAAGCGCUUUACAGAAAAGUACAACUUUGAUGUUGUGAACGAUACGCCUUUGGAGGGUCGGUACCAGUGGGUUUGUUUGAAGCCUUAGAAGGGAAAAAAAACAAGAUAAAUUAAAAUAUAUAUAAAUAUAUAUAUGUUGGGAAUGGAAUUAAGCUAAAAUGACAUAGGGUAGGACGAAAAUGGGCAUACGACAUUACCUGUUUUGGAGGAUUGGGCUCUGUUUACUUUGUCGUUUGUACAGUUUUUCUUUUAUCUAUAUCUAUAUAUGCAUGUAAGAAGAAGCUGUUCGUGCUCUGUUACUAGCUACUAAUUGUACUAAACUCAUAGAAGCUUCUUUCUCUCCUCCAAAUUUGUAAUAACCACACGCGUCUUUAUUUUUGAACCUUGAAUUAAAUUUCAAUGGCAGUAAAAUAUAUAUACAAAUUCGAUGCAAUUUAUUAA